AACUGUAACUGUUAGACUGCAGAUCGUAAACAUCUGUAAGGGUGACAGUUUCGGAAUUUUUUUUGUUGAUUAUUGUAAAAUGAUUAAAUCGUCACAUUUGACUACAUUUGUUCACUUGUCCUGUUUAUAAAAAAAAACCAUUUUUAAUGUCUUUCCGUUUUUAUUUUAUUUUUUUCAAUAUUCAUGAAUUUCUAACAUAAACAAUUGAUGGCUUCCAUUUUCAAGAAUCAAGUGCUUAAGCACUUAUCCAAAUUUGCCAAAAAUCUAUCUCCAGACAAGCUACACAUAAGUACUUUGAAAGGUCAUGGAGAAUUGCGUAAUUUGGAACUGAAUGAAAAAGUGCUGACAGAAUUACUAGAACUUCCUGCUUGGCUGUCUUUAACAAAAGCUACUUGCAAUCAUGUUACACUUCAGAUAUCAUGGACUAAACUGAAAUCUGUUCCCAUUCAUCUUUCUUUAGAUGAAGUAGUUGUUGAAGUGGAAACAUGUGAAGAUUUGAGACCUCUUACUCCAGUGGCAAAUGAACCAAGUUAUAAGUCUGGAGGAAAAUAUGGAUUUUCAGAUCGAGUUAUAGAUGGCAUGACUGUUGUAGUAAACUCUGUUGUCAUAAAGUUUAAUUCUCCUGCAUUUCAAGCUUCUUUUCAACUCUCACGAGUUGUGCUUGAAAGCUAUUGUCCCUUUUUUAAGAAGAAGGAUCUUCGAUUAUCACGCAUAAAAGAACCAGACAGAGGUGAAGUAUUACUUUUUAAAAGACUUGAAUGGCAAGUCCUGCGAAUUGAAGCUAAAUCCCGAGACAAUGAAGCCAAUGGUCUUCGAGGAGAUAUACCAUUAACACCCUUGCGUUUGAUUACCAAUCAAGGGUGUUGCAAAAUGACAAUAAAAAAGAAACUUAGUGACUGCAGUGUCAUUGGAUCACGCCUUAUCUUUGUAUUAGACGAUUUACUAUGGGUGUUAACUGAUGCUCAACUAGUUGCAGCUCUUCAUUUUGUCCAGUCUUUAAGUGGAUUGGUUCAAAGGGCUACUGAAUUGGCCCAAAAGGCAAAAGCUAAACAAAAAUUGGAGCAACAACCUGACAAACAUACAUAUGGUAGUCAUUCUAAAUCAAGUAUCCCUAUAUCUCCAGCAUUUUAUCGUCAUGAUGUAAUUGAAACAUCCUAUCAUGUUUUAUGUAGCAGAAUUGAUUUACAUUUAUGUGAUGAUAUGGAUCCCAAAGAUGGACGUUCUCAACAUCCUUAUUUGAAAGGGGGAGGAGCAUUGCAAGUAUCCUUAGACAAAUUAAUAAUAGAUUACUAUCCUUACCACCGAGCUUUUUCCAGUCGAGAGCAUUGGUUGUACUAUUCUGAACCAUCUUCUAGUCGUAGUUCGUGGGUGCAGCAGCUUUUGACAUUGUUUCAUGAUAAAUUGCAGUCGAAAGUAGAAUUGAAUGUGUCUUAUGAUAAUACUAAAGAAAGUCCCAAACACUGCCCUCAAAAAUCUUCUCCUUCAGCUGAAAAUAUUGUGACUGAUUCUCCUACUACUCCUGAUGACAGACCAUUGCUAACUCGUAAAGCAAGCACAAUAAGUAAUUCUUCAGGAACACUCACUCCUGAUACAUCUCGCCGCAGUAUUGGAGGACUGAGUCGUAAAUCUUCUUUACAAUGGAACUAUCGUUAUCUUAUGUCCAGUUGUUUUAUACUUAGACUUGAAGACAUAGUUGCAUAUAAAGUUUCCACAUCUACUUCUUCUAGAAAGCAUGCCAUUGAAAAGUUUUUAAUUUAUAACAAGAGUGCUCACAUGCCAUCUGACAUUAAAACAAUCCAUUUGGAACAAACUUCUUAUUACCUACCUGGAGAUUUUGAUUUUUUUGUGCCUUCUCCUAACCUAUUUUUACACAUUGGUCCCUUAAAGUUAUAUUUGGAUACUCCUACAAUGCUGUGGAUAAAUGCUUUUUAUCUGAAUUUAGAAAAAUGUUUGAUGUCUUUAAAAAUGGGAACAACAGAGACGCCAUCAUAUGUUAAUAUUAGAGUAGAAGCACUUUUGCCACAGGUUGUCAUUCCAUCUGAUGCUCAUUCACCAACUCAACCAGAUAGGCCUCGUACACUACAACUACAAGCAUCUCGUGUAGUUGCGACUAAUUGUCGUCUUGGUGACCACACUACUAAGAAUGACCUAAAAGAAUGUUUAUAUAUUUUAAAUUCAAAGGAAAUUUUUUCAAACACUUCAAAAUUUCCUUGGAGAAAUGAUAGGAAGCCAUAUUCUAAUGUAUUCUUUGAGCAUGUGGAAGGUAAAGAACAUGGUACUUUGCCGAUUAGUAUAUCAAAAGAUAUUUUAACAGAAUCAACAGACAUUUGGAGUAUUUACUUAGAUCCAUUUUGGGCUGAGUUCACAGUGUGUGAGUCGGGCAGAAUCAGACUUCAACCAUUCAUAGAUCCUCUUCCUAUUACAAUUUGGUUUUACAGUUCUCAGAAACCUAAAGAAGUUUUAAGAAACUCAUUGACUACAAAUGGAGUGGAAAGUUCGAAACUUCAUUUACCAAACCUUCAAUCAUAUGUGUGCCAAAAUAAUAUUAAUAUAAAUUCAAGUGAAGAAACCAAUCCUCCAAUAAUGAAUGAUAAUUACAAUAAUAAUGAACAUGAUGUUGAUGAAGCAGACAUUUAUCUGUUGUUACAUGUUGAUUCCUUAGUCAAUAUUCAGCUGUCACAUUUCCAAUAUUUAUUUGUUCUUAGAGCUGCUGAUAUUCUUACUGACAUGAUGGAGCAUUUGGAAAUUGAUACUAAUAUUAUCAUCAAAAAUAAACCUGUCUUAUCCCUGUGUACAUCGGUUUGGUUGCCACAAGUUGAACUGUCAUUAGUAUUAAGGAACUUGAAUCAGAUGUCUGCAACAUCAGAUUCGGUAGAUUUAGCAUCACUACAAGAAGAUUGCUCAAGUGCAAGUGAUAUCCCGCAUAAUUACGGAAAGAAAAUCUUACAGUCGAAAAGCUCUUUUUCUAUUGGGGACUACGAUAAUCCUUCGAAGAGGUCUAAUCAAGAAACUCUUUGCUCUGGUCUUUUGGAGGACUGUUGCAUGGAGAAUGGACUACCAAAAUCUUGUAGUGAUUCCUUGCUCAACUGUCACUCAUCAGGCUCAUCACAAGGUCUAGAUACACCUAUUCAAGAAAUCCAACCAUCUGCUGCAACAGAAACAUUUCAGAAAGGGUUUCAGAGUGGAACGUCCGCCAUGAAACGAGGAUUGUGCUCUCUGGUUGCAAGCAUUGAUUCUGCCCUGACGAAGAGUGAUGCUUACUCAUCGACUGAUGUUGAAAACUCUUCCUUUCCGGAUGAUGAUGCAAUAUCUAUCAAAAGUGAUUUGUCCUCUGAUUUAGAUCAGUUUGUUUUAGUAAAUCAGGAUGGCUCUUUGGAUGAUGAAUUCUUUCAGCAUGCUAGACCUGAGAUAGGAGUUGAUGUUGCGAGCAGAAUGAAAGAAGGCUCCAUUAUAAGCAAUUAUACACUUAACAGUGAAAAGAAAAAGGAAAUGGUUUCAAUUACAACAUUCAAGUUCGGCAAAGUUGGGUGUAUUUUCCAUUCAAAAUUAGCUACUAGUAUUUUAUUGCAUUGUGAUCAGAUUGAGACGAAGGAAGAAUCUGCAAUAUCAUGGGAAAAUUUCCAGAACUAUUUUUCCACAAGAGCUAGAGCAUGGAAAAAUGAAAAGGACGUUAUUCUCAGAGAUUGUGAAUUCAGUAUGAGACUUGAUAAAGAUUACAUGCAAGAAAAAGACAACUCUCAACUCGGAGCUGGGUUUCUAAGUGUUCUUGCUAGCAAUUUAUACCUUCAGUUACAAAUGAAUAAUAUAUCUGGUCUUGUGGAAUUUUUCGAAGAUGAAAUUGUUGCAAAACCUAUGCCAUCUAAAAUAAUAUUAGAUAACCUGCAAGUACAAUUACAGGAAGAGCAACCUCCUUCUGGUUUAGUCUCUCCUAAUGCAGCUCCUUUGAACAUAAGCUUGCCUGGUUGCAUUAUUGAGAGAACUUUAGAUGGAACUUUAAGUGUACUUCCUUUGCCUCCAGGAUAUGUUCAAAAGAAUUUAGGCGAUCUCUUGAAUCAUAGCAUUCCUCAUAAAAUCCUUUCGAAACAACCUAAUGUUAAUCAUACUGAAUCAUGUGGCAAUGGUGAGAGUUUAGAGGCUUUUGUCUGUGAUACAUCCAGUAACGAACUACUGUCCGUUGCUAGAUUACUUCAAGAUAACAAAGAACUUCGAUCGAAAUUAAAUCUUAUGAAAAAUUUAGAACAAGAAAAUGACAUUCUGAGACAAGAACUGAGCAUGCUACGCAGUACUGUAAGUGAUGAUAAAUUAAAACAACUCCUUGAAUCACGCAGAGAGAUAAGGAGGCUUGAGCAUGAAAACAACACAUUGCAGGAAACUUUAAAGCUAUUACAAACUGAAGUUACGAAAUUAAAAAUUGAAAAACAAAGAAAUAAAUAUCUAUAAGAAAAUUUAUUUAUCUGUUUGCCUAUUGAUAUCUGUACUUCUUUAGUCGUCAAUGUCCGCUUAUUAUGAAAGAAAUGGCAGCCAUAUUUUUGAUGGAUGUAUGAGCUAUGUGUGAUGAAAAUAUUUAAAGUUAAAAUGUUUCAUGUAAUAAAUUGUAGUCAUAUGUUGAUAAUGAUGAAUUUUCUAAAAAGUGUUACAUUUGAUUUCCUUUUUUGUUUCAUAUAUGUUUUAUUCAGUUUUGUUUAAAAGUUUUUUUUUUUCUCUAAAUAUCAUGUAAGCAUUUUUGUGUUUUAAAAGAGUUGACUCCCUUUUCCACUCUUGUUAGAAAAAGUUAGCAAGUCUACCCUUUGCAUACUUUUCUGUAUGUUAAAAAAAAAAAAACAUUCUAAGGAAUACUUUCUUUUAAUUAUCCAGCCUAAAUCAAAGUAAUUUUUGUCAAUUGACUUAAAUUGUGACAGUUAAAUUGUGUUGUUUCUUUGUUUAUUAUAUAGGUUUUUCAUUAUUUUAAUACAUGCUGUUUUAAAGUUUAGCAAUAAUUAAAGAUUUAUAUUAUUUUAGAGCUAGAGAAUAUUAUAGCAUUAUAAAGAAUCAGGGUAAUAAAUGCUCAUAUUUUGUUUUGUUAUUUUAUUUUUAUUAUUAUUUUGUAAUUAGUCCAUAUACUUAAUUUUGUUUAUUAUAAUUAUCUAUAGUGAAGAUUGGUAGAAAAAAAAUGGGUUUUUGAAUAUAUUGAUCUAAAGAUGCUGUACACUAUGUACUCUUAACUCUUUCCUACAACACUUUUUGUAAUUGUAAUUUUUUCAUUCAGUUUUGAAUGUCUUUGAAAAUAAAAAUUAUCAUCUCUUAUAUUAGUGUUAAAGGUUGUGUUUUAAACAUUUCUCCUUUUGAUGAUUUUUAGUUCUUUAAUAAAAACAGCUUCAACAUAUUCCUUCUUUUAAGCAAAAAUUAUCAAGUUUCAAAUCACCUCCCAUGGUUUCAAUGCUUACAUAAUAUUUGAAAUCCUUUAAUACAGUUAACUCCCAAGUAUCAAGGGACACUAGUGUGUAUUAUAAGUUGCAUAGAACAAACCUUAAUUAAAGAAAUAAAAUUGUUUCCAUGAAAAGGUAAGGAUAUUUUUAUGGGCAAAUACUGAUAAAGAAAGAAAAUAUCAAAAUAUGGUGCUUAUUAAAAAAUGUUUUAUUAGUUUAUAUAAUAAAAGAAGAGGAAAGUCAUAAGAGCCAAAAGUUACCACAUAUUCAUUAGAAGAUAUUCUGUAAGUAAUGUUACUUAUUAGUGGUAAUAGUUUAUUUUUCGAAAGUUUACUUUUAAACUAAUUCUAAAUAUUGUUAAAUAGUCUAUAAUACUUAUUACUA